GGUUUUAAUGCUGCUGCUCUGUAACCAUCCUCAGUUUUGAUUCCGUGUUCCAAACGAUUCGACUGUGUCUCUUCGUGUAUUGCUUGUGUGUGCGAACAACAGCAACAACGACAACAACAACGGCGACAACGGCAACGACGACGGCGACGACAAGAAGAAACACACAAAAAAUAAAUACACUAUAUGUGUAAUAUCUGUUCCAUACAUGAACGCUAGUGUUCGCUUUCGCGCUGGCUCUUUCAUCUUUUUUUACCUUCUACAUUUAUAAAAAAAAGAAUUUGUGUUUUUUGUUACUCUUGUACGGUUCGUGUCGCAUGUAAAGAGAAUGUUUGGUGCUUUGUGUCGUGUUUAUUUGUGGUAGAAAAUCCACGGGAAUAAGAGAAGAAGCAAAAAAAAAAUAAAAACCUUAAAUGCAAUCUAUAUUUUUGUGUCGCGAAUACCAUCAUUUCAUUUUCUGUUUUCCGUGUACAAAACGAAAUUCAGUUCUCAACGGGAAACAUUGUAUUAAUUUCCAUUUCAAAGUAAGAAAUAACCACAGAGAGCAAGGAUCUCUAUAUCUCGUUCUCAAGUGAAGUGUUUUAAUUUAAUUCAAAGUGAAAUUUUGUUGAUUCAAUUGUGGAAUGCUCCUUCAAAUUUAAUGAAUAUAGAAGAUGCAAGAGAGUAAACAACGGCCAUCGACAAAACUAAUUGAAUGAAAUACUAUUUUCGUAUUACUCUCAUUCGCCCCGACGAAACAAUAAAUUCGGAAUGAACGCGCAACAACCAGCAAUUUUUCUGAAAAUGAAUUGGUUGGUCGCAUAAAAAUGUGCAUUGAAUGUGUUUUGUUAUUGAGGGCAGAAAAUGUGAAUAUUCGCAUAGUCGAAGAAAAGAAAAGUAAAUACAGUGCAUUUUCGAAUUGAAAUGAACAACAAAAUUGACAAUCACAGAACCGAACGAAAUCAAUGUUAAAGAUGAAACAUUCGAGUUCAUAUAUGAACACACAGUGCAAAUGAAUCCAACGAAUACAGUAUUUUGUGUUUGUGAGUGAUUUCAACGCGGUGGAACCGUAAAAAAAGAGAAGUUUCUAUGAAAUAAGCUUCGACUAUUCUCGGUGGAGUAAAUUUCAACAGGAAAAAACAACAACAAAUUCUCUGAAUAACCCACAAGAUCUUGAUUAAUUCUCUCUGAUUUGCGGCUCAUUUCGCAACCAUAUAUACACACAGAGUGAGACUUAUUCUUCUAGACACAUCAGUGAAAAGUUCCACAAGAUUAAUACAACUCACCGAUGUGAAGAGAGUGCGUAUCAUAUUCAUAUUAUUACUAUGCAUAAAGAUGAACAAGACGAUAAACGAGGAAAGAAUCAUAAAAUAAUCUUCAUCGCUAAGAGAUCAUCAACAGCGGCUUGCAUACAUACAUACAUACAUACACACACAAGCAUUUACAACGUAAAACUGAUAUCGAACCGCAUAGCCUAGAUGUGAUAUGGAAAUGAAAAUGAAAUAUGUAUCAAAAUACCGGGAAAAAUAAGCACCACAACGAUUUAUGAAAACGCGCUUACACCGAAAAUAUCAUUUGCAUAUUCAUCAACAUCAUACGUUCUUGAACGAACAGAAACCGUUUCGAUUCUAUCGCUAUCGUUGCCGUUCUCGUUCUCAUCGUGUGUGCUGCGCUUUUUUGAUAAAAAUCGAAGAAAACCCAUUUCUCGAGUGGUUCGAUUUGAAAAAUUUAUAUACACACAAACGAAAAGUUCUUUUUUUUACCUCAAUAACACUCCGGAAAAAAAAGAAGCUCACACACAACACAUAUGCUAGAAACCACUCAUACGAAGUAGCAAAAAAAAGAAGAAGUACAAGAACCGAUUCAAAUCGAUCUCAAAAUAUUUAUUCGAAAUUUCCAUCUCUUUUUAAAAACGAUAAACGUAAACACACACGGAGUGAUAUAGAGAGAGAGAGAGAGAAGCAUACACACCCGCAAAUCGACAGGAUCGAAUUUCAGUGCGACUUGAAUGGGUCCGAGUACAUCGUGCAUUUUUAAUCAGUACAAAUAACCAUAAAACAACAGACCAACCGAUAGAUUCAAUUUUUUUUCUGUUUGAGUUUCGGUUGGAUUUUUUUUUGUUCAUUCGGUAAUUCCAAUAUCGUUGUGUCAACCAAUUUUUUUUAAACAAGGAGAACAAGAAUAAAAAAGGCCAUACGUAACAACACAAAGCAUUUUCAGAACCGAUUCGAUACUCAUAGAGAAUGAGAGCUGAUGUUGUUGUUCAUGUGGUUCGAUUUUAACGAGAUAAUCGAUAAUAAAAUCGAAAAUCGCUCAGCGUGUGAGGAGAGCAUCGACCGAUCGAAUUACGAUAAAUAAAACAAAAAAAAGAGUUUAAAAAAAAACGACCGAAAAAAAAUAUUAUUCAUAUUUUAAUUCGGUUGAGAACACGAAAGAACGAAGUAAAGAGAGUGUCGCAUCGAGAGAGAGAGAGCAAGCGAGCGCUUAUUAUUCUGCGACUGUCAACUAUCGUCAAAACAACAGAUAAAAAAGAAAAAAACAAACGAUUUAUCCAGAAGAAGAAGAAGAAUCAAAACGAAACACACAAACCGAUUAUUUUCAGUUAUAUUGUUUUUAUUCUUUGUGUCGUUUGUGUGUGUGUGUGUGUUUUGGUUUUAAAUCGCGCGUGUUGUUUCUGUCCGAGUAAAGUAAAUGAGAGAAUAAAACUUGAUGAACAGUCCAAAUCACAAACGCAUACAUCGACCGAAACAACAACACCAGCCACAUGCCGCUUUGCUCAUUAUUUUAAUGUCAUCUAUAUGUAAAUUACCGAAGACGCUCACAGACAUCGCAGCCGGAAACUUAGCCACGGCAAUUUUAUCAUCAUUGCUGCUUCACCUCCAGAACAUCUAUCAAAUAACAACAGCAUCAUCACCACCACCAACUGCAAAUAGACAACGACGACGGCAUCAUUGUCGUCGUCGUCAACUUCAUCAUUAUCAUCACAACCAGCACAACAAUAAUUGUACUAACAAAAACAACAAUAACCGAAACAGCAACAGCUUCAACAGCCAGCACGCACAAAUUCAGCAAUCGUCUCCGUCGCAUGAACGAAUAGUCGUUAAACCAAAUCUCUUAGCCACUAAUUUAGUUAAUACUUUAAUGAUAUCUCUGUACAUUACGCUAUUUGUAUCACUGUCGAUAUAUCCAGUUUCCGUUGUCGCUGUCACGCCCAAAUAUGAAACGGCAUACGCAUGUGAGGAAAAAACGUUGACAAUCGGAUGUGAGCCGGGCUAUGUGAUCAAUUUGAUACGUGCAAAUUAUGGCCGAUUUUCGAUAACCAUUUGCAAUGAUCAAGGCAAUGUGGACUGGAGCGUCAAUUGCAUGUCGGCCAAGAGUUUGCGUGUACUAUACGCAAAAUGCUCACACAAGCAAAACUGCAGCAUUCUGGCCAGCACAAACACAUUCGGCGAUCCAUGCCCCGGCACACAUAAAUACUUAGAAGCUCAUUAUCAAUGUGUAUCAGCGUCACAAGCCACAUCAACAACGGCUCGGCCGAGCCCAGCGUGGCUGAUAACAUCGCAACCAAGCGUUUGGGGCACAUCAACCAUACGCUAUCCAACGACAGCCCGUAUACGUGACUUGGAUUCAUUGUCUACAGUUGACAGUAUUGUAAAUAGAAAUAGUAAUUUUAAUGUUAGCAACAAGUCCAAUAGUGAUAACGAGGAUAGUAGUAAUAAACCAAGUAGUAAUACAAAUGAUUCGUUAGCGAAUCGAUCCAAAUCUGUGACACAAUCGAAAGUAAGCGGCAUACCGUUUGCCAACAGCAACAAAAAUGACACAUCAUCGUUAAGCGCAUCGACGACCAAUCGAAAUAAUGAAAAUGCAUCGGUUGCGGCAGUCACCAAGUCAAUCUAUAAUAGCAAUCAUAAUAUACCAAUAAAUCUUGGCGCCAAUACGCCAAUGUCGUCGUCAACAUUCUCGGCACCGCCGUUGAAAACUAUUGUCAAUUCGGAUGAUGAAUCGAUGGUCGGUGGUGGUGGGGGUGGUGGCGACGGUGAUGAUGAUCGAACGGAUGAUUUAAAUUCGCAGCAAGAUUUUGGCAGCACCGGAAAAUCGACCGGAGGAGUGAAUACAAUUAAUAAUGCUGGCGCUUACAAUGAUGAUACAAACGGUCUGUAUUGUGGAUCGACCACAGCACGGAAUCUUUUUUGGAAUUAUACACGUGUUGGUGAUAUCAAUGUGCAACCGUGUCCGCCCGGUUCGACGGGCAUUGCCAAAUGGCGAUGUUCGGGCACACUUUUGCCAACAGCAACCAAAUCACAAAAACCGUCGUCACGCAAUAACCCAUCGGCCGACGAUACCAAUGACAAUCAUAUGGACGAUGAUCCAUUGUAUGCCAGCAACACUGAACGUGGAUACAUGUGGCAGCCCAGCACACCUGAUCUCACCCAGUGCCGAAGUUUAUGGCUCAACAGUCUCGAAGUUCGUGUUAAUCAACGAGAUUCAGCAUUAGUUUCAAUUGCAAAUGAUUUAUCACAGGUCACCAAUAGCAAAACAUUAUACGGCGGUGAUAUGCUGGUUACAACGAAAAUCAUUCAAUCGUUAUGCGAAAAAAUGACAUAUGACAUUGAAACAUUCUCCGAUCAACGUCAACGCGAAUCCGUUGUGCUCGAGCUGUUGAAUAGCGUCGUAAAAACGGGCAGCAAUUUACUCGAUGAAACGCAACAGUAUUCAUGGAUGGAUUUAAGCUUUGAAGAUCAAAUGCGAGUGGCUACAUCAUUAUUGACUGGCUUAGAAGAUAAUGCCUUUUUACUUGCCGAUACCAUAGCGGCCGAACGGAAUGUCGUACAAAAAGUCAAAAAUAUUCUUUUGUCGGUUCGAGUACUGGAAACACGCAAUAUUAUCAGCAAUCAAGUGUUCCCUGAUCAAAGCAUUGAACAGGACAGUAACAGUGAAGACAGCAUCGAAUUACCGCGAGGUGCUCUACUUGAAAAUAGCGAGGGUGGAUUGGUUCGCAUCGUUUUUGUAGCAUUCGAUCGACUUGAAUCGAUUCUUCGACCUUUGGAUUCGGGCAACGAACCGAAAUCGUACGACAGUGUUGGUAACGAGGAAACGAUAGGGCCAUCUGAAUAUGCGCCUGUGACAACUAAGGAAAGUGUCAACACCACCCAAUCGCAACAGCCUCGUGUCAGAAUACUCAAUAGCAAGGUGAUAUCGGCGAGUUUGGGUAAAGGCCGUCACAUCCAAUUGUCUCAACCGAUUCGAUUGAUUCUGAAACAUUUGCAAACCGACAACGUAACCAAUCCAACAUGCGUGUUCUGGAACUACAUUGAUCAUGCGUGGUCGGAAGACGGUUGUCACAUCGAUCAAACGAAUCGAACGCACACGAUUUGUAUGUGCAAUCAUUUGACAAACUUUGCCAUUUUGAUGGAUGUGAUCGAUGAUACGGCGCAGUUUAUCCAGCAAAUCGGGCUAUUCGAUGAGAAUAUGCGCAUUUUAAUCUCAAUCAGCAUUGCCAUUUGUAUUGUAUUUGUAGUAAUAGCCCUGUUAACGCUAAAGUUUUUUAAUGGCAUUUUCAUGAAGUCAAAUCGAACGACAAUUUAUAAAAAUCUAUACAUCUGUCUGUUGGUAACUGAAGUGCUCAUUUGGUUGGGUAACGUUCAAAAUGAGUCGAGCCUAUUGUGCGGCUUUACAACAGCAUUUUUGCAUUGUGCAUUCCUAUGCACAAUCAGUUGGAUUUUCUUGGAAGGCCUUCAAUCGUACAUUGUCCUUACCACCGAGGAGAUAUUGCUAGAUGUGGAAAAUUCAUCGCGUGUCAUUUCCUAUUACCUAAUCACAUACGGGCUUUCGUUUACCAUUGUCGCUAUAUCGUUAGGCAUCGAUCCGAGCGCUUACACCAUCAAAGCUGAUGCAUGCGUUUGGAUGGAACAAAGCUAUCUAUUUUACAUCACAUUCGUAAUGCCAUGCUGCGUUUAUAUUCUGGCUAAUCUUGCGUAUAUUGUCUCAUCGGCAUUUGUUUUAUGCAAAAAGCAUAAAACUGCACUGAAGAACAAGGAGCACACACGACUCGCCAAUAUUCGAUUCCAUUUGCACGGUUCAUUUAUUUUCCAAAUAAUAUUCGUGGCAUGUUGGGUUUGUGCCUAUCUGUACAUGGUCAACUUGCAUCGACUGUACGAUUCGAUUGGUACCGCAUCAGCGCAUCACUAUAGCAGCGCCCAGGCAAAUAUCACAUUCUAUGGAUAUGGAUUCGUUGUAUUGAAUAUCAUUCAGGGUGCUUUCAUCAUGUGCUAUCACUGCUUGCAGAAUGAACGAAUUCGCCGUGAAUACCAGAAAUUCGUGCAAGAUUCUUGGCUGCCGCAAUGUUUGCAAUGUGUCGUCACUGUGGAUGAAGAUCAGCCAACCGCCAGCCCUGCCAAUAAUGCAUUGAGUGCAAAUGUAUUGCUUCCAGCAUCAAAUACGUCAACCAAAAAGAAAAACGGUCCCGUUGAUGCUGCUGAUGUAACCGGAACAUUUCUGACCGUAUCACCGGCACAUCAUCCACACGGGCAAACCAGCACACUGAUGCGUCAUCAUCAAAUGCAGCGUCACAAUGCGAUGCCACCGUAUUCGGGCACAUUGCGUGAACAUCGAAGUGGCACCAUGACACCGGCUGGCUCAUCCAAAUAUGCCGGAGGCGGUCAAAAAUAUCAAUACGAUUUCCAAAACCCUGAACUCAUUUACCCACAUUCGGCGAACUCACAACAAUUCCAUCAACUACAUGCCGAUGAUCAUGCAAAAAUGAUGUACUACGAUCGCAAAAUGGGUAACAGUAGUAAAACGUUGAAAUCACAAGGUUCGAGUUCGACACAGCAAAUGUUGUCAUCGCCAAUGAAGCAUGAUUACUCGUAUUGGACGGGCACCGCCGAUCCAACCAGUUACCAAUUGAACAAAUUGUCACGUCAUCCAAAUGAGGUGGAUCCAAUGUCAGGUGGCGGCGUUGGUAGCGGUGAAAUGAUGCACGCCCAAGGCCAAUAUCCAUCAUAUCGCAAGAAAAUGAUGCAGCAAUAUCAGCAACAAACAGCGGCCAAUCCACAUUCACCAUCACAUCCAAAUAUGCGUGGCACAUUUGGAUCGACGGGUGAUUUCCAGGGACGUGGCGAUAAUCGGAACUCAUGGGUUCAGAAUGCCAAUCCAAAUGUGAGACAUGGUCGACAACAUCACCAGCAGCAGCAACAAAUGAAUCCAGCUGAUGCACAGAAUUACAACAGCUACGCUGACGAAGAGCCAGUUUAUGAGGAGAUUAUGAGUCGAACGACGGAAAACUGUGAUGGCAGCGAUUUAAACGAAUAUCCACAUUCACCAACCAGAGAUAGCGAUAAUUUACUGCAAAACAUGCGAAUCGCGAACACAAAUAGCACCCAUAAAAUGGAUACAACAUCGGCACAGCAACAACAGCCGCUUCACAGCAGGUCUGUGCAGUCGCAGCAAGAACCAAAGCAUCCGCCACAAAUUGGGCGCAAUAUAUCUGCAAUGUUAAAUGAAAAUAACACUGUUGUAUGUUACCUAGAACCGUUGCCGAAUUCGUAAUUUAAAUUAAACAAGUAAUGGAAGAAAAAACUGUGAACGUGUGAGAAAAGACAUAGCUGAAAGAAGAAAUAACGUGAAACUUGUGUUUCGUGAAAUCGGUUUGAAAUCGGUCAAACAAAGUGGAUUUUGAUGAGAGACAGAGAAUGAAAAAAAAAAAUGAAAUUGAAGAGAAACACAAGUAUUUUGUAUGUUUAGUAAAGGAUAAAAAGAAAAAAAUUGUAACAAUUGUACACAUACUAUCAUUCCUACAAAUCACAACGGGAUUAUUUCACGUAAAUCAUGAUACACACACACAAAAAUUGCAAAGAAAAAAGCAACAACACUCUUAAAUACACGCAAAAGAAAAUCAACUCACUCAUACACGGCAACCAAUAAGCAAAUGAACAAAUUAAAUGGAUAGUCAAAAAAAUCGAAAGAAAAAUCGUCAUCAACAACUGAUAAUUAUGAUGAUGAUGA